GUAAAUUCGUCAUUCCAAAUCGAAAGCCCGGAACGAUCCCCUUCUCUUCCCGCCUAUAAGUACAGGCUCCACUGCGGUUGACCAAACCUAUACUCUGAAGCAAUGGCGAAUCUUCCUUCUUCAUCGUCUGUUCUAAUUCUAUCAUUACCUAUCUUGGUUGCCUUGUUCGCGUCCUGUAAUGCUACGCCCCCGGGAUUCAUUUUAACCCUGGUUAACAACUGCCCGUACACCGUCUGGCCCGCCAUCCAGCCCAACGCCGGCCACCCCGUCCUCGAGCGCGGCGGCUUUCCCCUCGAGAAGCUCACCCAUCGUUCCUUCCCGGGCCCCACGCAGCACUGGUCCGGCCGCAUCUGGGCCCGCACCGGAUGCUCUUACUCCAAUGGUCGCUUCUCCUGCCUCACCGGCGACUGCGGCGGCCGGCUAGAGUGCAAUGGCGCCGGCGGCGUCACUCCCGCCACCCUCGUGCAGUUCAGCCUCCAUCACGGCCACAAUGACUUUUCCUCCUACGGCGUCAGCCUCGUCGACGGCUUCAACAUCCCUUUGACCAUCACUCCCCACGAAGGAAAAGGCGUCUGUCCGGUGGUGGGAUGCCGCCACAAUCUGCUGGCGACGUGCCCGGGGCCGCUGCAGGUAAGGUCGCCGGCGGCAGGAGGGGCGGUGGUGGGGUGCAAGAGCGGCUGCGAGGCUUUCGGAACCGACGAGCUCUGUUGCCGCAACCACUACAACAGCCCGCAUACAUGUCGGGCGUCGAGCUAUUCGGAGUUCUUCAAGCACGCGUGCCCCGCCACCUUCACCUACGCACACGACACGCCGUCGCUCAUGCACGAGUGCUCCUCGCCGCGUGAGCUCAAGGUCAUCUUCUGUCAUUAGGGGUUGUCUUUUGCAGACAUGGGUGGCUGGGCCUGGGUCUUAGUUUGAUAUAUUAAAGUUGAGGAAUAAGGAGAAUUGAUCAGAGAGAUUGGCUUGGCGCUAAGUAUGUGUUCUACUUUGAAAUGAAAUUGUAAAGCCAUGUUAUCGUCUCCAUCCGCUUGCUUAAUAGACGACUCAGUUUGUGUUC